AACUACCUGGCAAUGUGCUACGCCAAAUACGGUUCAGCCAGAUGUAUGCAAUGGUUGGAGCUGUGUAAGAUCACUCCGGAUCGCUGGCUAACACUGAGCAGCGCCGAUAGAGCUUGUAUGAAGAAACGUAAUUGCUUAAUCUAA